AUUUUGAACCGGGCAGUUUGAGUUCCUCUUCAAGAAUCUGAAAUGUAGGUCGGGGCUUUGCUGACAUUUCCAUUUGCCUCACUGCUGAACAUCUGAAGUGAUCGUUGAUGGGUAGGCAGAAAAGAAAGAAGACGUGAUAGAGGCAAGAAGGGUAGCAGCCUGGCUCUGAAGUGGAAUUAUGUGCUUCAAACAAGGUGAAAGAAAGCGACAAAGAGCACUUUCCUGCUUUCAGGCAUGAAUCAGGUCACAACUCAAUGGGAUGUGGUCAUAGCUCUUUACAUAUUCUUCAAUUGGUGUCAUGGAGGGAUUACAAAUAUAAACUGCUCUGGCCACAUCUGGGUAGAACCAGCCGCAGUUUUUAAGAUGGGUGUGAAUAUCUCUAUAUAUUGCCAAGCAACAAUUAAGAACUGCCAACCAAGGAAAAUUUACUUUUAUAAAAAUGGCAUCAAAGAAAGAUUUCAAAUCACAAGAAUUAAUAAAACGACAUCUCGUCUUUGGUAUAACAACUUUCUGGAGCCACAAGCUUUUGUAUACUGUACUGCUGAAUGUCCUGGAUAUUUUCAAGAGACACUAAUAUGUGGAAAAGACAUUUCUUCUGGAUAUCCACCAGAUGUCCCUGACAAAGUAACCUGUGUCAUUUAUGAAUAUUCAGGCAACAUGACUUGUACCUGGGAUGCCGGGAAGCCCACCUACAUAGACACAAAGUAUGUGGUGUAUGUGAAGAGUUUAGAGACAGAAGAAGAGCAAGAAUAUCUCACUUCAAGUUAUAUUAACAUCUCCACUGAUUCAUUGCAAGGCAGCAAGAAGUAUUUGGUUUGGGUCCAAGCUACAAAUGUGCUGGGCAUGGAAAAGUCAAAACAACUGCAAGUUCACCUGGACGAUAUAGUGAUACCUUCGGCAUCAAUUAUUUCCAGGGCUGAGGAUAUAAAUACUACAGUGCCCAGGACCGUAAUCCACUGGACUAGUCAAACAUCAAUUGAAAGGGUUUCCUGUGAAAUGAGAUACAAGGCUACAACAAACCAAACCUGGAAGAUUAAAGAAUUUGACGUCAAUUUGACCUACAUGCAACAGUCAGAAUUCUACUUGCAGCCAAACACUAAGUACAUAUUUCAAGUGAGAUGUCAAGAAACAGGUAAAAGGUACUGGCAGCCCUGGAGUUCACCCUUUUUUCAUAAAACUCCUGAAACAGUCCCCCAGGUCACAGUGAAAUCAUUCCAAAAUGACGCUCAGAAUUCUGGGCUUCCAGUUGCUUCCAUCUUUAAAGGACACCUUACCUCUGACAACAGGCAACAAGACAUUGGCCUUUUAUUGGGAAUGGUCUUCUUUGCCGUUUUGUUGUCAAUUCUUUCUUUGAUUGGGAUAUUUAACAGAUCGCUCCGAACGGGAAUUAAAAGAAGACUCUUAUUGCUAAUACCAAAGUGGCUUUAUGAAGACAUUCCUAAUAUGGAGAACAGUCAUGUUGUGAAAAUGCUACAGGAAAAGAGUGAAUUUAUGAGUAAUAAUUCCAGUGAACAGGUCCUAUAUGUUGACCCGGUGAUUACAGAGAUAGAAAUCUUUCUCCCAGAAGAAAAACCCAUGGGCUACAAGAAGGAAAAGAAUACAGGAUCCCUAGAGACAAGAAACAGCCUGCAAACAUCACUACUCUCCAACACUACAGUUGUGUAUAUUCCUGAUCUCAACACUGGGUAUAAACCCCAGAUUUCAAAUUUUCUCACUGGGGGAAACCAUCUCAGCAGUAAUGAUGAAACGGCUUCCUCAACUUUGGAACCACCAGCUGAUGCCUUAAACCUGGGCAAGAAUGCCAGGUUUAAAAAAUAUCCUCAUUUUGCCUUUUCUGUCUCAAGUAUGACUUCGCUAAGCAACACACUAUUUCUUGAAGAAUUAAGCCUCAUUUUAAAUCAAGGAGAAUGCAGUCCUACAGACUUGCAAAACUCAAUAGAGGGGGAAACCACUGUACAGCUUCUAGAAAAUGCGUCACCAAAUGAAACUAUCCCAGAACAGACUCUGCUGCCCGACGAAUUUGUCUCCUGCUUGGGGAGAAUGAACACAGAGUUGCCAUCUAUUAAUUCUUAUUUUCCACAAAAUAUUUUGGAAAGUCACUUCAAUAGGAUUUCUCUAUUAGAGAAGUAGAGCUGUGUAGUCAAAAUUAAUGUGGGAAAUCAUCGGCCUUGCAAUCUGAAGAUGGAUUUCUUCCUCAACACAUAUUUAAUUCUGCCCUCUUUUUCAAAAUUAGAGAAUUAAUAUCCAAAGCUGGAACUUACUUCAUGGCCAAAAAGCAGCAGCAAUAUUAGAGAUGCCUUGUAUAUUUUAAAAAAUGUCUUUUUUUUUUUUUUUUUUAACAGCUGUACCUGUGACAUGUGGAAGUUCCCAGACUGGGGGCUGAAUUGGAGCUGCAGCUGAGGCCCAUGCCACAGCCUUGGCAAUACCAGAUCCAAGCCACAUGUGACCUACGCCCACAGCUUGAGGCACUGCUGGAUCCUUAACCCACUGAGCAAGGCCAGGGAUCGAACCUGCAUCCUCAUGAAGACUACCUCAGGUCCUUAAUCCAUGGAGCCACAAUGGGAACUCCCAACUGUAUCUUUUUUAUUUUCCCUCAUUGCAAAGCACAAACAGAUCACUCUGUUGUAUGAACAGUAAAGCAAAGUAUAUGGUAGUGAAAGAAAUAAUGAAAAUCUUUAAAAUCGAGUAUUUGAUUUUAAUUCUUUAAAAUUUAGUAUUUGCUUGCAAGAGGAGAAACAUGUUUAAUUUUAAUUGUAUUGCUUAAUAUUCUCUUGAGUGGAUAAAAUAUAGCCCACAAACAACAAAAUAAGUAAGGGAUAGAAACAAAGGAGCAAUUAAUUACGUUUGCUGUGUUGGUUUUUUUUCCUACUACUCCCUAUUCAGGUGUUAAGGAUUUGAUCUUCCUUAUUUUGGACUGAGAGCUGUAAAACAGCGAUGUAUGGAAAUCAUGAGAUAGUUGCCUUCAUUCCGGUUAAGAGUGAUGAUAUUGUUUUCCUGAGGGGUUAGCUGUGUAUUAAUUAUACCACAAUAGAUUUAUUGAGGCAAAGGAUGCAGGAUCGACAAGCUGUAAUUAUUUCUGUUGAUUAGAUAUAUAUCAGAAAAUUAUUGCUGGCAUUCCUGUUGUGGCUCAGCAGUUAAUGACCCUGACUAACAUCCA